AUUUAAACAAACAUAGCUAAUGCUGAAGAUGGCGGAUGCGUAGAAGUGGCUUAAAGAAACUGGAGUGUUUCACGGGAUACAUUUACACCGGUGCUGAUAUGUUUUAAACAUGAGUGGAGUGGGUGAGAACUCACUUGAGCCGUUGUGCUCAGACCGGAAGCGCAAACUCUCCACAUGUGACACACCAGGACAAGGAUGUGAUAAGCGCAGGAGGGAACAGGAGAGCAAGUAUAUAGAGGAGCUCGCUGAACUGAUUUCAGCCAACCUUAGUGACAUCGACAGCUUCAAUGUCAAACCCGAUAAAUGUGCCAUCCUUAAAGAGACAGUGCGCCAGAUACGACAGAUUAAAGAGCAAGGUAAAAGCUCAUGUGGCGAUGAUGAUGUCCAGAAGGCGGAUGUCUCCUCCACUGGUCCAGGAGUCAUCGAUAAGGACCAUCUGGGCCCUCUGUUGCUACAGGCUCUGGAUGGGUUUUUGUUCGUGGUGAGUCGUGAAGGCAGCAUUGUGUUUGUGUCGGAUAAUGUGACUCAGUACCUGCAGUAUAAACAGGAGGAGCUGAUCAACACCAGCAUCUACAACAUACUGCAUGAGGAAGACAGAGAAGAAUUGCAUAAAAACUUGCCCAAAAGCAAUGGUCCCAACAGUGUGUCGUGGGGUGUUGAUGCUUCCCGUCAGAAGAGUCACACGUUUAACUGCCGUAUGCUGGUGAAGUUCGGCCAUGGUGGUCAUGGUGGUCCUGGUGGUGAAGAAGGGUCCGGUGGGCCACGCUACGAGACUAUGCAAUGCUUCGCUCUCACGCAGCCUAAAGCAAUGAUGGAGGAAGGGGAAGACCUGCAGUCGUGUAUGAUUUGUGUUGCACGAAGAGUGACAGCAGUGGAGAGGACAGAAAGAUUCAGCACUAGACACGAACUAACAGGUAAACUGAUCGAGAUCGAGCAGCAGAGCCUGUUGCACACCACCAUGCGUCCUGGCUGGGAGGAUUUAGUGCGCAGGUGUAUGCAGAUGUUCCUGCAUCGCAGCGAGGGUCAGCCCUGGUCCUACAAGAGACACUAUCAAGAAGCAUUUGUUCAUGGCAGAGCAGAGACUCCACUCUAUCGGUUCUCUUUGUCAGAUGGCACUCCAGUAACGGCACAAACACGUAGCGAGUUAUGCCGAAACCCCAUCACCAACGACCCGGUCACAUUCCUCUCUACACAUCUUCUGCAGAGGGAGCAAAAUGGAUACCGACCCAACCAGGGUGGUGUAAUGCGAUCAGUUAUGGGCAAUGCAAAUCCAAAUGCCCAGAUGAACAUGGGCAAUACCAGGGGCUACGGCAUGAACGAGCAAGGUCACAUGGGACCCAGAGGAGGACCUAUGUAUGGCCCAGGCCACAGGAUGAAUCAAAUGAACCCGAUGCAUCAGAUGAAUCAAAUGAACCAGAUGAAUCAAAUGAAUCAGAUGAAUCAAAUGAACUCCAUGAAUCAGAUGAACUCCAUGAAUCAGAUGAACUCUAUGAAUCAGAUGAACUCUAUGAAUCAGAUAGGCCAUCCUGGCAUGAAUCAGCACCAACAGGGUCAGUUUCAUGGUGGUGGCUAUGGAAUGGGCAUGACAAGUCCCUCACAAGGAAGCCCCGGUAUGAAUCCUACUCAACAGAACCUCAUGGGGUCGCCACGGAUUCGAGGGAGUCCUAAAAUGGGUGCAAGUCCUUUCUCACCUGGAGGCAUGCACUCUCCCAUGGGUCCCGUGGGUAUGGGCGGCAGUGGUGGAUCUUCUGGUCCAUCAGUUGGGAACACUUUCUCUAGCAGCUCAUUGAAUGCCCUCCAGGCCAUAAGCGAAGGUGUUGGCUCUUCUCUACCUUCAGCUCUCAACUCGCCUGCCCACAAAUCUGACAGCUCUCCCAGCAUCAACUCGACCCAGUCCAGUCAGCAAGGCCAGACCGGCAACAACAAACCCAGCGCUUGUGACUCCAAGAGCCCGUCAAGUGCUCACAGCACAGGGUUGGAUCAACAACAGGCUUCUUCAUCAGAGACCACGGAUAAGCCGGACAGUCAGUCCAACAAGGACGGUUCCACUGGGGCGGAAGUCAACCGGAGAGUCCCUGACGGAAAGGGCCACAAGAAAUUACUUCAGUUGCUCACAUCCCCAACUGAAGAGAUUGGGAUUGGGACUGCUACUGGUGGACCCGUCCCAGGCCGCGCCUCCACCCCAAUGGGUGCCGACUCAAAGGAGGCAGGAAGCGGCAUGAUGAGUCCUUCGUCGACGGGGGUGUCCUCCUCCUCCGGUUCAUCAUCAGGGAAUAACCUAAAUCAGCAAGGCUCGGGAGGAGUGUCGUCCACGGCUUGUCCCAGUGGACACCACACUACUCACACCUUACAGGAAAAACACAAAAUUCUUCACAAGCUUCUUCAAAAUGGAAACACGCCAGAUGAGGUAGCUCGCAUCACAGCCGAGGCCACUGGUAAGGCCUCUCUCGGUUCGGAGCACCCAGGCGCUGAAGGGAGGAAUCUGGACCUCAAACAGGAGCAGCACAGUCCGAAAGAAGGAAAAAAGCCCCAAGCCCUUCUUCACUACCUCCUCAAUAAGGAUGACUCCAAAGACCCCAAUGCCACUGAGGUCAAGCCAAAGCUGGAGGAGCUGGAAGGGCGAGGGGCCACUGGAGGGCAUGGGUCAGGGGUCACAACCUCCAACUCUAACAACCAGGAGGGCAAAGUCAAGAUCGAACCACCCGACGAGCUGGAUAACUUAGAGAGUAUUCUUGGAGGGCUGAGGAAUUCUGGUUCUGGAAUGUUUGCUGAUUCUGGAAGCGGAGGGAUGGAAGGGGGCAAUAAGCAAGGCAAUGGACCUAACAGCACCGCACAUGACCGGGAAGUUAUUGGUAUGGGCUCUGGUCAACGUGUGCCCUUCCAGAGGGCAGUGUCCGUCGAUGGUAAACCUUUGAGCGGGCCGGGCAUGACGGGUAGGAGGAGCGCCCCUUCCUCUCUUGUCAAACAGGAGCACACUGACAACCAGAUGGGCUUGGGAGGUCCAAAUAGGCCAAUGGGAAUGCCCAAUCGUCCCCCUAUGGCAGGUGCAGGAGAUUGGGGAAUGCCUGGUUCCACCGGCAGCCCUGUCGGACACCCUGGCAUGGGUCGUGCAGGUAUGGACCACAAUCCUAAGAGCAUGAUGGGAGGACCCAUGGUUAACCGAUCUAACAGCGUUCCCGCAACCAGAUCCAUGUUGCAACAGCAGUUGAUGGAUAUGGGGUCUUAUGAUGUCGGAAUGGGUAUAAAUUCGUUCAGAGGGCAGGGACCUCCACCACAGUCCCCUUCAUGGCCGGACGGUGGGAUGGGAAUGGAGGGACCACAGAAUGCAAACAGGCUGCCUUUUAAUAACUCUCUGGAUGAUCUUCUGGUGCCUCCAUCCACCACUGAGGGUCAGAGUGAUGAGCGAGCUCUGCUGGACCAGCUGGACUCUCUACUCAACAACACUGACGUCAUUGCUCUGGAGGAGAUCGACCGUGCCCUUGGCAUACCGGAUCUCAUCAACCAGGGUCAUAGUUCAGACCAGACCCCUCCGACAGACCCCUUCAAUGGUCCUUGUCCGGGGCCUGACUCGUCUAUGGGUAUGGAGCCCAAGGGAAUGUAUGGGCAGGGCUACCCAGGCCCCCCAUCCAUGGGGAUGCAGGGCGGAUAUGGCCCUGGUCCCAACCCUGGACCCGGCCCUGGACCUGGUCCCCAGUCUGGACCAGGGUUUAACCCCAUGAUGAGUCAGAUGAGCCAGCAGGGUGGUUUUCCCGGAAUGGGUGGAAUGGGCGCUAUGCAUCCCCGUGCGAACAUGAUGAGACCUCGGAUGGUGAACACGACGAAGCCGCUCAGACUACAGCUCCAGCAGAGACUGCAGGGGCAGCAGUUUUUGAACCAGAGCAGGCAGGGCAUGGUGAUGCGGCCAGAUAACAACCCGCCCGGAAACCCUGGCAUGAGACCUAGCAUGCAGCCGGGCAUGGGUGGACAGCCUGGUUUUCUGAAUGCUCAGAUGAUGGCCCAGCGCAGCAGAGAAAUGAUGAAUCUUCAAACAGAGAUGAGAAGACAGAGGAUGAUGAUGAUGAUGCAGCAACAACAGCAGCAUCAACAGCAACAGGUCGCAGCCGGAGGCUUCAGUCCCCCUCCUAAUGUCACCGCUCCCACAGGAAUGGACAGCCCAAUGGGAGGACCCCCAAUGAACCAGCCCGGCCAGCAGGCAUUUAACUAUGGAGGCAACUAUGGGAUGGGCCAGCAGGGGGACCCUUCAUUUGUGACAACAGGCAGCAGUCCCCCUAACAAUAUGAUGUCUGGUCGUAUGGGUGGCCCUCAGAAUCCCAUGAUGCAACAGCACCCACAGAGCAAUCCCAUGUACCAGUCCGCAGAGAUGAAAGGCUGGGGACAGGGGCCCAUGUCCAUGAAUAAUUCAUACUCCCAGCAGCAGCAAUAUCCCCAGCAGGGGGCGCCGGGACAGUACGGGGGAAUGAUGAUGAACGGGUCCAUGCAGGGAGGUGUAAAUGGCAACGGUGCUGGGCAGAUGCCCCAAAUGCAGGGCCAGAUGGGCAUGAGUGCCAUGGGCAUGGGACGCAUGCCGAUGGGACCCGAUCAGAAGUACUGCUGAGGCGACGAGCCAUCUCUGUCAAAGCUGGAGUCUAACUCGGACUCGCACAUCAGUCCACUGAGGAAAUGUCAACAUCUGCCUCGUAGAGGAGAAAUCGCUAGAACUCUUCAGUGAACACUUGACUGAGGGAGAGAGGGAUAAAGAGAGAAAGAGAGAGAUUCAAGCCUUCUCUGUGGCGGUUUUUGGGGAAUAUGGCUCUCUCAGAAGGCUCUCUCUCUCCUGUCCCACGUGGCUGUACUGCAGUACACAACAUAACCACCAGGGGGAGCAGAGUAGGAACGGUUGUGGUACAACUCGACAGUGUGGGGAGCACUUUAUUUUAAGGCUAGUACGGAAAAGGAUGGUUGCAAUAUAUUUCUUUGCUUUUCUAGCCUUAUAGAACGAUUAUGUGCAUAUUGUCUUUUGAAUGAAAACCGUGGGAAUUGUAAGAACCAGAACUUCAUCACUUACGCAUAUCAAAGCAAUAAACCUCCUCUCAAUACACCCAAGUGGUGUCAACAAAAAGCAAAAGGUACUGCAGUAUUAGACAGGAUUUUUCUUUUUUUGUGUGUGAAUAAGAUUGGAAUUGUAAAUACUGUAUGCUACAUAUGUAUCAUACAUGCUUUUACUACAUACUUUUUUUUUGCACAGAGUUUGGGCCCGGUUAGGUCCAUCUUAUCUAUAUUUUAGGUCAAUACUGCUCUGGGUUUUACAUCUAUUCUAACUUUUAUCAAAGGGAGAAAAUAUUUUAUUUUUUAUCUUUUCCAGCACAGCCUAUUUUUCUCUUUUUUUUUUUUCCAACAAUGAGCGCCAUUAUGUUUGGAUGGCACUUUUUUUAUCGCAGAAAUGUUGUGCAGUGAUGGUUUCAUCAUUUUAUUUUCAUUUCCAUUCGUUCUUCUGACCGAAAAAAAAAAAAAAAAAACAACGAAACAAAAACAAUGGUGCGAGUUUUCAGAUGAUACGCAAAGCUUGAUGUUGCUCUUUAAGCUAGCUCUUAUUAAACUCACUUUCUCACUGUCGGUUCUUCAGAAAUCUACCUUUUAAGAAACAUGCACAAUCCAAAGAUAUUUUUUCAGUCUUUUCUUUUUCUGUUUCCUCAAGUUUGAUUUCAGAAAUGUAUCCAUUUAUAUGUUUUUUGCGCAAAAGCGCGGAGUAAAAGGUACAUAUCAUAUGAACAUAUUACUACAUAUUAUGAUUUUGUACUAUAUACUGUAUACAUACAAAACCAAGUAUACCUGUUUAUUUUUGAGGCCAGUUCAUAUUUUAGCAGUAUUGUCUGUGCUUUUGGGGGGAUUUCUCUAUCAUGUGGUUUAUUUGCUCUUCAGUUUGUAAGAUUUGAAUGAUUUUGAAUUAUCUACAGAACUGCCAAGGCAAAUUGUAACUACACACCUUGUUUUAAAACCUUUCUUAAACCACUUUUAAGAGGUUCGCCGUGUGCUUUUUAAAAGUACAAGUAAUAAGGACUCUGUUCUGUCAGACGCUCAUUCGUGUAUCUCUGUGUUGCAGUGAUCCUCGGCCGCUUCAUUAGUCAAAUCUUUACCUUCAGUGACUUGCUGAUUCUCAGAUGCGGGGAUGAAAUUCAAUGGGGAAACUAAUAAUAAGUCAGUCUCGUCAGUCUUUUAAGGAAAGCGACGCUAUCAUUUGUGUUCAUUUCGCUAGAUUACUGUUGAUUGUGACAAAGUAUAUUUUGAAAUGAUAAUUCCGGGAAAUCUAGGUUAUUCUGGUGUGUUUUCAGAACUGGUUGACGGAGGGGUGUGAACAUGGAAGAUAAGCUCACAUUUUACAGGAUGUAAAUUGCAUUACACUUAAUUAUUUUGCUUGAUGUUGAUAUUGUUGUAAAUAAAAGUUCUAUUUAAACGUGA